CAAGAGUGGUUAACUCUCGCAUUACUCAUCUCGUUCAGUUCGUGUUCCACAUUUAGCAAGCACUGACCGAUGUUCUACGUCCACCGAGGUGAGAAUUGUUCCAUCCAUUCAGGAAGAUGCCGAGGUAACCUGGCAUUUUCAUCUCUUUGAAAGAGAUGACAGAGAAAUAAAAUACUAUAAAACUGCCCACACCAAAUUUUAACUGAGAAUUUGUACAACGUCCUUCUCAGUUAACAUGGAAGCUCUUGGAAUUGCUGCAGCACUUCUACCAAACUGGUUUCUCAAAGCCAGAUGGUCUAUCCUUCUUGUGUUCAGUUCAUUAUUAAAUAUUAUCAGCAGCCACUCAUCAAUUAUACAUGUUCCAUUAAUUAGAACCACCACUAUAAACAAGUUACAAAUCUUCCCAGAAACUGGUCGAUCCCAGCAAACGCCUUACUUUAUGUCAUCCAGGGACCUACAUGGACAGCCAGGACAGGGUUAUUACAUUGAGUUUAGUAUUGGAAAACCUCCUCAGAAGAUGAACAUCUUAAUUGACACAGGAAGUAGCAACUUUGCUAUAGCAGCGACUCCUAAUGAUCUUAUCACAAAAUACUUCCACAAAGAAGAGUCUUCAACAUACAAGAGCAGUUCUACAGAAGUGGAAGUGUCGUACACUCAAGGAUUUUGGAAAGGAAGUCUUGGUACAGACCUUGUCACUUUGGCUGAUCUGACCAACCUUACAGUUACUGCUAACAUAGCCUGCAUCACCGAAUCAAAGAACUUCUUCAUAAAUGGAUCUGGCUGGCAGGGAAUCUUAGGCCUUGCUUAUCCUGAAAUUGCACGGCCUGACAGUUCUGUGCAGCCAUUUUUUGACAUCCUUGUUCAACAGACUGGGAUCCCAAAUUUAUUCUCUAUACAACUGUGUGGAUCAGUGACGAAUAGGGAGCAUCUGGAAACUGGUGGUACUCUGGUUUUGGGCAACAUUGAUGAAAGUAUGUACCAAGGUCCGAUGUACUUCACACCAAUCCAGAAAGAGCGGUAUUAUGAGGUCCUUAUUACAGAUUUACAAAUUGAUGGAGUUAGUUUGGGCCUAGACUGCAAAGAGUACAAUUUUGAUAAAACCAUUGUUGACAGUGGAACCACCAACCUUCGUCUACCAAAUACCGUGUUUCAGGCCGUUGUGUCAGAAUUGAAGCAGCGUGUUGUGAUCGAAGUAAUCACUUUAUUUGGUUUAGACAAUCAACCACCACCUGAUCUGUUCUGGGAAGGAAAAGAUAUGCUAUGUCCUAAAGAUUCCAAGUUUCCCUUUCACCAGUUUCCUACGAUCACCAUUGCAUUAGCCACGGGGAAUAAUUCUGAGUUUCACUUAAUUGUCUCUCCUAGGCAAUAUUUACGUGCUAUUGGGGAUGCUUCUGUCUCCCAAACGGAAAAAGAAGACUGUUUCAAGUUUGCCAUAACGAAAUCUGAUUCUGGUGCUGUCAUAGGAGCUGUCAUCAUGGAAGGCUACUACACUGUAUUUGACCGAAGCAACAAAACCAUAGGAUUUGCAGAAACAACUUGUCUCACUGCAAAUACAACCACUAAGAAGUCCACAAUUGAUGGCAUAUUUCCUAGUAAAGUGAAUACAACAGACUGUUUAUACCGUGUUAAGGAACAUGAUGAAAAGAGUCUCCUGAUUGUGGCAUAUAUUAUGGCAGGACUGUGUACGUUCUGUGCAGUACCAUUGAUACUGAUUGUGGUUCAGUGGGUGAAGAAAAGCUGGAAACAAAGGCAAGAAAGCCAUGACACAAACUACAAACUAUUCUCUUAAAGAUGAAAAAAAAAUCUUUCUUUCAAGCCAAAAUAAGUAAAGCUUGAGUUGAUUGAGAUAAAAAAAAAAAAAAAAAAUGAUAGAAUAUUAUAUAUAUAUAUAU